AAGAAACUAGCAUUUUCCUUUUUGCAACUCCUUUUGUCAGUGAAAGUCGCUCUCGCAGCAGUAGCACACGAAACGAAACCAACCCUCUUUCUAUGUGCUAAAGCCUCUUUCGGCUCUUCCUCAUCUCCAUUGUCAACAAGCCCAAGAAGCUCACUGCACCAGAACCUCUCGGUGUAUCGCUCAUUUUUUCAUUUCCAAUUUCAAUUCUCGAUCGCAAAGGUUUUGGUGCUAAAGAAGGGGAUAUGCUUCAACAAAUGCGAAUGCUGAUAAGUGGGCUGUUGAGAUAAAUCAAACGAAAUGGGAGGUUGUUGCUGUUGUUCCUCUAAAGGAACAGAAUUGAACACAACAACGGCAUAUUAUUACUACCCAAGAGCAUCAGAAGAGCAUGUACCUCUAUCAUCUGACCAUGGAGGUGCCUCUGUACUCUCUACAGGGCUCCUUGUGGAUACAAAUCUGGAUACAUCAAUCCCCGACACGUAUAGACCACCUCCGGUACCUAUGCCAUAUGAUGUGGUUUUAGGGCGUCCUCAAACUCCACCCGUGGCUCAAGAAAUUUGCACCAACAAGACUGAUGGAGCAGUGCUGAUAACAAAUUCUGAUUCUGUUCAAGAAACUGCUGCUGGCGACACUCUAGAAAUUUCAGCAAAGUGUGAAGCUCUGAAGGAACCAGGAUGCAAAACGCAAAUCAAUUUUGAAUUUGAUUCAGUUAAAGGGGAAGUUGAACUUUCAAAGUCAGUGGAACCUGUUAUUUCUGCCUCUGAGGAAGAGGAUUGUCCCGUUUGCUUGGAAGAAUAUGACGCAGAGAAUCCAAAAAUCACCACAAUGUGUGAGCAUGAUUUUCACCUUGCAUGCAUUCUUGAGUGGAUGGAGAGAAGUGACGCUUGUCCUGUAUGUGAUAAGGAAAUGAUUUUCAGCCCGCCUAUUGUUUAGCAGCAAUCAGAAAGUUAAGUUCCAACUCCUUUGCUGUUUGAAAAGGGGUCCGCGCGGAGGUUACCAAUCCGCUAGGGUUCUCAGUUCUUUCUCUUUCUGUUAAGUGGCAGCCACGGAUUGGCUGUAGUUUGGUUAGUUAUAUUUUGCUUCUGAGUCAUGCCCAUUUCCUGAGAUGGGUUCUUUGUGCAUACAUUACAUUAAAAAAUGAAAAGAAGAAGAAAGUAAAUAUAGAUAUGCACGAUUCAAUCCCCAAGCUCCAUUAUCCUUUUUUAA